AUGGCUAAAGCGAGUAAUCAGCAACAGUUAGAUGCCGAAGUACGAAUGUGGCCAAUAGAAAAUGAAGUACCGUUAUCAACAGUUGGCUUGAUUGAUGUGAUAAAAAUGGCACGAAGUUGGCGAAAACGUGCACCUGAAAGGCCAGAAACAAAGCCAACUAUUGUUAUGUCGCAUAAUGGUGUGAAUCGUUGCGGUAUUUACAUAGCUGCCAAUGUAUGCAUCGAUCAGAUGGAUAUGGACCACGAAGUGGAUGUCUUUCAUGCAGUUAAAUUAAUUCGAAUGAAUAGGCCUCAACUUGUUGACAGAGACGAAUAUAAGUAUUUGUACGAUUUAAUGCUUCACUGGUAUAUGACCAAUCCGGAAUAUCGUAAUUUCGAUCAAAAAGAAGAAUCAAAAGAUUCAAGGUUCUACAGUAAUACGAUAAAUAAUUCGAUCUUUUCAAAUAAUCCGACCACACUGGAUGCCAAUCAUGUUACUUGA